AUGUCCUCGGAGGGGGAAGCCGAGGCGGCUGCUGAGAGCGGGCCGGGCAGCAGCCCCGCGCCGGGGCCGGCCGCCGCCGAGCGGGAGGAGGUGAGCGGCGGCAGGGGCAGCCGCCCCGGCCCAGGGGGGGCUCGGGAGGCAAAAGGGGAGAUGGGCGUGGGGAAGGGGCCGGCGAGCCCCUCGCCGGGCAGCGGGAGCGGGUGGCCGAGGAGGGGAUCCGCAGAGCGGGGGAAGCCGGCGAGGCAGCCGCGGCCCCCGCAGCCCGGCCGGGACCUGCAGCCGCGCCGCGGGGGCGGCCGCCAGCAGCCGCCGCAACGCCCUGUGAAGCAAUCCCUGAGUGCCUGCAUGUGCAGAGAGUCACACUGGAAAUGCCUCCUCCUCUCUAUCCUCAUGUAUGGUUGCCUGGGAGCAGUGGCCUGGUGUCAGCUGGCCCGAGUCACCAAGCUCAGCUUCGACAGCUCCUUCAAGGGCAAGUCCAUGAUCUACCAUGACAGUCCCUGCUCAGAUGGCUAUGUCUACAUCCCGCUGGCCUUCCUUUCCAUGCUGUAUGUGGUGUACCUGGUGGAGUGCUGGCACUGCCACGUCAAGAGAGAGCUGCAGUACAAGGCUGAUGUGGACAGUGUCUAUGAAUGUAUCAACCGCAUGCAGCAAGCCACUCCGUGCAUCUGGUGGAAGGCCAUCAGCUACCACUUUGUACGGCGAACCCGGCAGGUAACACGGUACCGCAAUGGUGAUGCCUAUACAACCACCCAAGUCUACCACGAGAGGGUCAACACUCAUGUGGCCGAAGCUGAGUUUGACUACUCUCACUGUGGAUAUAAGGACAUCUCCAAAGAGCUCCUGGGCCUGGAGAGCUACACAGCCACCAAGCUGAGGUUCACCAAAUGCUUCAGCUUUGCCAACAUCGAGUCUGAGAACUCUUACCUGACACAAAGGGCUCACUUCUUCACAGAAAUAGAGGGGCUGGAUGACUACAUGGAGGUAAGGGAAGGCAUGCAGCUCAAAAAUGUGGACUUCAAAGAGCUCAUGAUGGCCUACGGGGACCCAGAUCAUCUCCCAUGGUAUGUGUCUCACUAUGCUUUCUGGGUGGCAGCCAUCCUGAUGAUCUCGUGGCCUCUCAGGGUACUCAUAGAGUAUCGGACUGCAUACGUCCACUACCACGUGGAGAAGCUUCUGGGCCUGGAAUACACAGCACCCGCCACGACGGAGGAGCCCCUCUACCGUUACCGCAUGCCCCGGGAUGCCACGCAGGACAGCACAGAGCUGGAGUGGCACAUCUGCACCAACCGGCAGCUGAUCCCCAGCUACUCGGAGGCCAUGCUAAUGGACCUGGCCGACUCCCCAGCGUACAACAGCUACACAGUGUGUCGGUACAGUGAGGUGGCCCACGGCUGUGAGCGCUGCAACCGUGCCUCCAGCACCUCCUCCAUCUUCUCACGCCAUGCUUUCCACAGCUGCAGUGGCAACUCCCGUCUGUCCCUCAACACCAGCCGCUUCUCCCUCUGCCGCGUCCAUGGCUCCCACAGGACAGGCCUCUGGCGGAGCCGCAGCAGCAGCAUUGCUGACCGGGGCUGCCAUGAUGAGCAAUGCUGCUCCUACUCCAGCCAGCUGGCUGUCAACGAGAACCCCCCUACCUACCACGACGCCCGCUUCUUCCCUGUCUUGAUCGUGCAUAGGCCAGAAGGGCACGAUGGACAGCCCUUCUAUGUCAGACGCUCCUCCUGUUUAGAAACAUCUCUGUGAUGGGCUCUCAUGCUUUCUCAGCUCUUCAGCUCUGGAACAGCUUCACUGCUGUGCUUGCAGAGACACCACCAGCCUGCAAGUGUCAGUCAGCAGGACGAGCUUUCAGUUCUUCUUGGCAUUGCAUGAGGAUAUGGUCGCCCUGCCAAGUGGCCCACCUCAUUUCUAAAGCUUCUCUCCCUCCUCCUAUUCAUCUCCAUGUUUAUUUUUCCCCUUCUUUUCACUC